AGGUUAGAUUGCUUUUUUUUCUUUUUCUCUUUUUCCUUUUGUGAUAAAACCCUGGUUAGAUUGCUUCACCCUAUUUCCCUUUUUAAUUUUAAUGGUUUGUGGGUUGCAUUUCUUGAUUCAUACAUCUUUCACACAUGAGUGUUGGCAUUGGGUCUGGGGUACUCUUAGUUACCUUCAAAACAAAAAGAGGACUGAAAGUUAAACUAAACAUAUAUUGAGCUCGCUACCACGCAUGACGAGAGUCCAUAGUGACUGAACCUUAAUGCAAAACGUAGUUGGAUAGUAGGUAAGGGAACACAUGUGAGGGGAGCUUUGAAAAGUUAAAAACUGGUGGGUAUAGGUGCAAUGAGCUCCAAGUUCAAGCCAGUGUCGCAGCCAAGGAAUCCUAAAGCUAAUGGGGGAGAUGAAAAGGAAAAACAAGUAAAAACCUUAGAUCUUGGGAAUGGAAGUGAAGUUCUCUACAUCCCAAGGUUUUUAUCUUUUGAUGACUCAUGGGAAUUCUUCAAUUAUCUCGACUCUCAUAUCCCUUGGACUAGACCCACUCUUCGUAUCUUUGGUCGCUCAUGUGUUCAGCCUAGGGACACUUGUUAUGUUGCAAGUCCAGGAUUGCCAGAAUUGAUUUACAGUGGAUAUAAGCCGCAUGUCUACUCCUGGGAUGAUUAUCCUCCACUGAAGGACAUUUUGGAAGCUGUUCAUAGAGCACUUCCUGGGAGUAGAUUUAACAGCCUACUGCUUAAUAGGUAUAAAGGGGGGAAUGACAAUGUUGGUUGGCAUGCUGAUGAUGAGAAACUUUAUGGACCAACUCCAGAAAUUGCCUCCGUUUCCUUUGGAUGUGAACGUGAGUUCUUGCUGAAGAAGAGACAAAGUAAAUCGAAAGCGGCAGAAAGAAGAUGUGAUGAUGAACCUGAUAGAAAACGAUUAAAGAAAAGCAGCCAUGUCGAUCAACAUUCUUUCACACUAAAGCAUGGAUCACUAUUGGUGAUGAAAGGUAAUACACAAAGGGAUUGGCUUCACUCUGUGCCUAAGCGUGCAAAAGCCGAGGCGACUAGAAUUAACCUUACCUUUAGGCAUGUACUCUAAAAGGUCCUGAGAAAAAAAAUUGUCUUCUUUUGCACUGUUGUUUCUCAUUACUGCUCCACUCAGGUCUUGCUGAGCUUAUGCUACUGAGUUGUUGUAAAGUGACCUGGGAGAAGGAAAUGUAAAUGUAAAAUCUUGAAUUUCAUGUUCAUAUAAAAUGAUGAUACAACUUUCUGGAGUCUUAA